AUGGGAGGUGACGCUGCCGCUGAGAGUGCGACGGAGCCACAAACCACCGACGGAGUUAAGAUCAACAUCCGUUGCUCCAAUGGUUCCAAGUUUUUCGUUCAUGUUAGCCUCGAAUCCACCGUUCGUUCGUUUAAGGAUGUUGUCGCUCAGAACUGCGAUAUCUCUGCUGACCAACAGCGUUUGAUUUAUAAGGGUCGGAUCCUCAAGGACGACCAAACCCUUCAAAGCUACGGUUUGGAGGCAGAUCACACUGUUCACUUGGUUCGUGGCUUUACUCCUGCCAAUGCAACUGGUGGGACUAAUACCAGCGGUGCCAAUACCACAACUACUAAUGCUAGAGCUGCUGGUGCUAAUGAGGGUGGGGGAUUAGGAGGAGCUGGACUCGGAGCUUCACUGUUUCCGGGACUAGGUAUCAAUGGGAUGGGUGGAGGUGGUGGUCUCAAUAGCUUAUUUGGAGCGAACCCUCCAGAUCUUGAUCAAUUGCAGCAACCGUUUAUGUCAAAUCCCAAUUUAGUGAGAGAAAUUAUGAACUCGCCUGCCAUGCAAAAUUUAUUAAAUAACCCUGAUAUAGUGCGGAACCUUCUAAUGAGUAACCCACAGAUGCAAGAACUCAUGGAUAGAAAUCCUGAGCUGGCACACAUACUUAAUGAUCCAAGCACACUUCGCCAGACACUCGAGGCUACAAGGAACCCUGAGAUCAUGCGCGAAAUGAUGAGGAAUACAGACAGAGCAAUGAGCAAUAUUGAAUCUUCUCCUGAGGGGUUCAACAUGCUGAGGCGCAUGUAUGAAAAUGUUCAAGAACCAUUCUUAAAUGCCACCACAAUGGCUGGUAAUACAGGAAAUGACAGUACCGGAAUUUUGGGGACUCAAGGUGGCCAAACAAGGAAUCAAUCGACCAAUCCCUCAACUACCAGUGCUGAAGCAACUUCCCCAGUACCCAAUACUAACCCACUUCCUAAUCCUUGGUCAUCUGCUGCAACUGGAGGUGCCCAAAAUAACGUCAGGAGGUCAACUACUGGCGUGGAAGCUCGGCAGCAGACACCCACUGGCUUAGGUGGGCUUGGUAUGCCAGAUCUUGAAGGCAUGUUGGGUGGUUUGCCAGAUGCGAGUUCAUUGAGCCAAUUUAUGCAAAAUCCAGCUAUUUCACAGAUGAUGCAAAGUAUCCUUUCCAAUCCUCAAACAAUGAAUCAGAUUCUUGGUAUGAAUACUGAUCAGCAUGGGGUGCCUGAUCUAAAUUCAAUGAGAGAAGUGAUGCAAAACCCAGAGUUUCUUCGCAUGUUUUCCUCACCCGAGACAAUGCAGCAACUCUUGUCUAUGCAGCAAGCUCUUAUGACUCAGCUUGGUCAGCAGCAAUCAACACAGGAACCAGGUCAAACAGGUGGAGGCACUGGACCAGCGAACAAUGUGGGGUUGGAGAUGUUAUCGAGCAUGUUUGGUGGACUUGGAGCUGGUAGCCUAGCUGUUCCAAACAGAUCAAAUGAGCCACCAGAGCAAUUGUAUGCUACCCAACUUUCCCAGCUUCAAGAGAUGGGAUUCUUUGACACGCAAGAAAACAUAAGGGCUCUUAUUGCUACAUCAGGGAAUGUUCAUGCAGCAGUUGAGCGGCUUUUGGGGAACCCUGGACAGUAG